AUGCAGGACGAUAUACAAGUAGGCGUUUUGGCUGAUAGAGAAGAGGGUACAGUUAGGUCAGAAGGUUUGCUUAGCACAUGGGACAGACAGGGAUCUGUAAUAUCGUUUCAUAGCUGGAUACUAGUUGCAUUGAUGAUUACGUAUGGCACGAAGAGAAAGAAAAAAGCUAAGCCUGUGAGUUUUUCUUCUGAUGAGUCUGACGAUGAGGACUCGGUUGGUAACCGUUCUGGCAGCAGUCUUCCAUUUGCAUUGUCUCCCAGAAAAUCCCCCAGUAGUAAGGUAAUAUUGAACAACUCUCCAAAUAAACGAAUAAAUAUUCAAGAACUAGCUGCAAAUGACCCACUAACCAAAUCCCCGAAGAGAUUCAUGAGGACCAUUGACUCAAUGCAAAGUGAGAGGUUACCAGGACUGGCUGGUUCCAGAGGACGCAACGAUGGGCAUGGCUCUAGCUUUAGCUCUAGUCCUAGUAGAAGUCCAAGUCCAACUCCCAUGCCGAGAAGAAACCUAAAAACGUACCAAGGUUCCAAAUCUGCUGGUCCCGUACUGAAAUUGAGUCAGGAGGCUGGCCCCCAGCAAGGUAGACUAGAGCAAGUGGGUGCAAAAGUUGGGGCAACUGAAACGAGAGACUCUUCCAAAAUGGUAACUGGCUUGGAUCCAAAACCAAGGCGGACGGGAGUUAUUUCCAAAGAGUCAUCUACACUGGGCCCGAAAUCAGGCUUGAAAGACGAGCUGGCUGCGUGGAACACCUUAUUCUCGAGUUUAAGUAACAACAAGGCAGUUGCAGAUAAGAAACCUGCUGCUAAGCGUAAUCUUAGCUCAAAGUCACCAAGCGCAUGGGAUGACUUAUUCUCUAAUUUGAAAGAAAGCAAUGUGGAGAAAUUGGAUAUAAUAACCAAAUUGAGCAAGGAUUUGGUCCGAUGGAAAGAUGAUACUGUGGCCGAUGGUGGUGAUAGCAGUGACUCCGAUUUUGAGGCGGAUACGACUGUUUCAAGCUAUUUACUUGAAGGCAUUCAAACCUUCAGUGCACCUGCAACAAGACAGGAACUGUCUCCGCCAUUUUCUUUCUCAAAAUCACUGUCCAUGCUCAAUGAGACAAACCCACUGCACAAGUUGGCAACCUAUGGGAACGUACGAAGCUUCCUUGAUGGUGACGGUGACAAAAAUCAAGCCAUGGAUGAACAUGCAGCUGACCUAGACGCUGAACCUCUGUCGAAAGACUUAAAUGAUUUGAAAUCGUUGGGUAAGAUGCAAAUGGAGACCGAAGAAAUGGAGUACUUAUUUGACUCCCUAGUCUUCAUAAUUCCUCCAUCCUCUAGCAGUUCAAUUGAAAGUUGUAACCAAGUGUUGAUUAACUUUUUGGUGGAUCUUUGUAUGGAUAUAUGGAAUAGCCAAGAAGUCACGAUAGCUUGGAAGGGUAAACUGAGUGGACUUCUCAAACAUCUCUCGAAGCGAGUAUGCCAGACUUGGAAAGAAUUAGCGACAUCUAUGAACCAAAUGAACGGAAAACUAGUUGAAUCGCUUAUUGUAAUUCUUAUAUAUGGGAUUUCCAUUACAGAGGGAGAGAAUAUUGAUUUAAAUGAACCAUUUCUUGGCCAAAAAUUAAUGAUGAUGGGCAGUUCAUCUAUAUCAAUAUCAAUAGAAUCCUACACGCUCCUGUCACAAACAAUCCAGAAUAUAAAGCAAUUAGCGCCCAUUAUUAACUCUGCAAAUAUACUUGAUAAGAGUAAAAUAGUUGGCUUAUUAGCCAAAGAAGUAUGUGAAAAGUCCAAAAAUCCGGAUUUCCAAUUCUUCAAGCUGCUUGCCAAGUUUAUCAAUGGAAGAGAUAUACAAUUGGCCAGUGGAUUAGUAUGGGGGUGUAACAAUAUAUCCAACAUCUUUGAAUUGAUCAACGAUGAUGACGAGUGUUUGGAGACAAUAAUUAAGUUUUUGGAGUGGGGAGAGUUAAAGGACGACACAGACAUAGAGGAGAACAAAGAAUUACGAUUGAAGGUCCUAGAAAUUCUUGUGGUAUUGUCUACCAAAAUAGAUAUUGAUAGCAAGGAGCUUCUUGGCGUAAUAAUGGGUUAUCAAACAAGAGUAGUGAAGACCGUUUUGGUACCAAAUUUGUCUAAUUUGGACGAUAAAAUUUCUGGUGACUUAGCAAUCCUUGCAAUGGGCUAUCUUCUCAACAUAGUAGAGUUCAGUAAUGCCCAAGGAAUUCAGAUUGAGUUUCUUCCAUACAUUCAAGACAUUUUCUUGAAAUUACCCAAAGAGCCCUCAAACGACAUCGAGAUUCAUAUAAAUGGGUAUUUUGCAUUAAUAGUAGCUAUACUAAAAGUUGACUUGUUCGAUAGAGAGUUGAUAAUAGAUCAUUUGACAAAAUUCCAAAGAGAGAUAUCAACCAUAGGUAGAAAUAAGAUCUACGAAAAGAUAUCCUUAGAGUUAAAACUAUUACUAGAUGAUAAAUGA